GUAGUUUGUGUGAAACUCAUCGAGUGAAUAACAACGGUUUGUUCAUUGAUAGUCUCGACCCUUGUCCUUGUGCAACCGCAAAACAGCAGCUGUAAGUGUUUCAUCGAACGACAAACAAUUAAAUUACCCAAAUAAGUCAGAAUGUUGAGCUUCCUAAAAGUUGGUGCAAAAGCAAAUCACAAAGCUAUCUCAGCACAUCUUCUCACUCGUUUCGCUUCGAACGCUUCAUACAAUGGACCAUCCUUUGAGAAAGCUACGAAAUUAAGACAACAACUUAUUACACCGAGUGCCAUUCCUUACUAUCGAAAUCCCGUUCUCAUUCACAAGGGAGAGAAGCAAUACUUGUAUGACCAUAAAGGCACAAAAUAUUUGGAUAUGUUUGGUGGAAUUGUUACCGUCUCCGUUGGGCAUUGUCAUCCAAAAGUUAAUCAAGCAUUGGAGGAGCAAUUGAAUACACUUUGGCAUACGACGAGCAUUUACAUGCAUCCCAAAAUUUAUGAAUACGCAGAAAGGCUAACGUCAAAGUUACCAGGCGACCUGAAGGUUGUUUACUUCGUUAACAGUGGCUCAGAAGCAAAUGAUUUGGCAACACUCCUUCUACGCUUGUACACGAAAAAUUUUGACAUCGUAACCUUGAAGAACGCUUAUCAUGGAGGGAAUAUGAGCUCUAUGGGAUUAACAGCACAAUCAACAUGGCAUUAUAAUCUGCCAAGCAUAGGAAAUGGCGUACAUCAUGCUAUGAACGCGGAUCCUUAUGUUGGUCUGUGGGGAGGAAGAAAUUGUCGCGAUUCUCCGGUACAAACAAAUCGUAAUUGUGAUUGCACGCAAGGGAAAUGUCUUGCUGAAGAUAAUUACAUUAAUCAACUUGAAGCAGAAUUUAAAUAUUCAUUGCCGAAAGGCAAAUGUGCUGGGAUGAUUGUAGAAUCUAUUCAAGGAGGUGGCGGUAUUGUUCAAUUCCCGAGGAACUAUGUGAAGCGUGCUAUAGAAAUGGUUCAUGAAAAUGGUGGAUUGUUUGUUAGCGAUGAAGUGCAGACGGGUUUCGGUAGAACUGGUGAACAUUAUUGGGGAUUUGAGAUGCAUGGAAUUGUGCCUGAUGUUGUAACAAUGGCGAAGGGAAUUGGAAAUGGAUUUCCACUCGCUGCUGUCGUCACAACUCCCGAGAUUUCUCAAGUUCUGACUGAAGCUUUGCAUUUCAAUACUUUUGGGGGAAAUCCUUUGGCAUGUGCAGUUGGAAUGGCUGUCUUGGACGUGAUUGAUGAAGAAAAUUUACAACAAAACUCACUUGAAGUUGGAACUUAUCUUCUGAAAGGUUUAGAGAACUUACGUGAUAAAUACGAAGUGGUGGGCGAUGUUAGAGGAAAGGGCCUGAUGAUUGGCGUCGAGUUGGUGGAGAGUAAAAGUAGCAAAUCUCCCCUUAAUACAGCUUCAUUCAUUGACAUUUGGGAAAGCUGUAAAGAUAUGGGUGUGCUGCUGGGAAAGGGAGGCAUUAGCGGCAAUGUCUUUCGCAUCCAACCACCAAUGUGUAUAACAAAAGAAGAUGCCGAUUUAACGUUAAAUGUCCUUGAAGCUUCUCUUAAGAAUCAGUUGAAUAAUUAAUCUGAAUAGAUUAAUUUUAAUAUUUGAACAAUUAAAGUAGAAAAGGACUUCCUUUUUCAUCCCUUUUUAACUUCCACAAAAUGGAUAUUUUUCUCAUUUAGCUUUUGUUUUGGGUUAAUUUUCAUUAUGUUGUGUGCACAAAGAAAAACAAGAAAAGUAAGAAAAGAAGGAAAUUUAAGAAAUAUAAAAAUAAUGAUAAUAACGAGUAUUAAGGAAAAUUCUUUAAUAUCUCUCUUGUGUUUAUCUUCGACCCUACAACUUAAGUUUCUACUCGAUGAUUGUGUUGCUUGUUCAUACAAAUAAUUUGAGAGCUCAAGAAGCUUAAUUCCUUCUUCUUCAUCGUUUUUUAUGUCAGAUAAAAAAUAAAAACAAUUAAAAGUUCAUA